GCUAAGAGCCUAUCCAAUAAGAGAAUGAAAUUAAGCCCAUAAGAAGAAGAGCGGAUCAGCCCACAUGCCCCUCAACUUUAUUCUUGAAAGUAACAAAAUGCAAACAACCGGCUGUCCUAAACUUGAGAGCAUUUUAAAGAUUUAAUUCUCAAACUUUGUUAUUUCUGAUUUCAAAUUCUCAUUUCAUGGUUCCCUUUUGUUGUUUUCAAGCUUAGAAAUUCGUUUUUAUUUUCAUGCAAAGUCAACUUGGAGAUGAAUAUACGAUGCUUUCCGAGAAAAUUUUCUUCUGCUUUGCCUCCUCUGGUUCCCCUGCAACUUCCUUCUCCAAUGGAAACCCAUCUUUGGUAUAUAUUGCCUAAUGAGGUGAAGAGUGUGGCUCUUCUAAAUCAAUAUUCUGAACUCUUAUCACCAUGUGAAAGAGAGAAUGUUAACCGCAUGGGAGGAGACCAGCUCAAGAAAAGAGCCCUGCUUGCUCGAGCCUUGGUUCGCACUACCAUUGCCAGAUAUCAGACAAAUUGUCAGAUGAAUCCAAGAUCUUUGAAGUUUAGGAAGAACAUCUAUGGGAAACCUGAGGUGGAGUGGAAGAAUGAUGACAACUUCAGCCCACCACCUUUGCAUUUCAAUAUCUCACACACAUCUUCUAUGAUUGCCUGUGGUGUGACAGUAAAUGUGCCUAUUGGCAUUGAUGUUGAAGGGAAGCAACGAAAGAUAAAGAAUGAUAUCAUAGCGUUUGCUCAACGCUAUUUUUCUCCUUGUGAGGUGAAACUUUUAACCGCUAUAUCAGACUCUGAAAUUCAGCGUCAGGAGUUUAUUAAACUAUGGACUCUCAAGGAGGCAUAUGUAAAAGCAUUGGGAAAAGGCUUCUCAGCUGUACCUUUUAAGACCUUUACUAUUCGGUUCAAGGCUUCAACUAUAAGGUGCUUUCAUCUUCCUGGGAAUUCAGUUUCUGAGGCAUCUGAGGUAAUUGUUGAAUCAUCUGAUGAUCCCAAGAACCUCCCAAACAAUUGGCAAUUUGCACUCCUGGAAGUGGCUGCUUCUCAUUAUGUUGCCAUUUGCACGGAAAAGGAUAAAAUUGUUGGAGGUGAAGCAAAUAGGCCAAUGAAAUUAACUGUGCGGAAAACCAUUCCAUUUGUUGAAGAUGUUUGUGUCUCUGGAACUGAUGCAGUUCUAGUCCUUGGUGGCAUAAUUGAGCAAUAACAGAAAUGCACUAUACUUGCGCUUUAUAAAUUUUAUUAAAAUGUAUUGAUAUAUAUACUCAUAUCUACUCUCUCACUAUCUGGAUUGGGUGAAGUAAUCUUCAAUUCCUCAGAAUAGAAGCUUUUGCUGCAGUUCCUAUAGGUCGAGACAUAGUAGUGAAAUUUCUGUAACAUUGUAAAGUUCCAUUGUUAAUGGUGUAAUUAGUAUUGUUUCUUAGCAUUUUUAUUGUAAUUUUUUAAAAUUAUCAUUCUAUAGCACGAAACAAAGAAAAUUAAGGAAAAAUUAGAGAUAUCUGCUCCCGAGCUUAAUCAUUCUGUCAAAGUUUUGUUUAGCUGGUUUUGGGGGCUCAAGGAUAAGAUAAUUGCAGGCUUUGCAUAAACUUAUCUAGGUUUCUACUGAUUUUGCAUCAAAAUCAGUUCAAGAGUCGAGGCAAGUUGACUGACUUGUUCAAAACUUCCAAGUAUAUGUGAGAAAUCGGAUGCAUGAUUCUACAAGUAUUGCUGGAAAUAAGAAGCUUGACAGAUAAUCUCUCUAACAUUGCCCGCAUGCUUUUGUCUUCUAAAAUUCAAAAUCUUUAAUCACUCUCAUCCACCACUACUUGAGGGAAAGCUCCAGCGGCUAUCUGCCCUUAUUUGUUAGUACAUCAAAAUGGUUCCCCUUUUAUAAACCGAGAUCAGUAAUGACAAAAAUUAAUUAGCAAUAUUCCCAGCCAUUCUGGCUGCUGAUCACAAGAAGUCUGCUUAGCAAACAGGGGGCAUGCAUUGAUCAAUCAAUUAACCUCA